CAUUCAUUCACAUGUCUGUCAAACCUGAUCACGGGAGGUCUGUGAAUAUCGAUGUAAUACAACUAAAAUUAUCCACGUUUACAACUUGUAUCAUGGGAUAUUAUUGACGUUGGUCAUCAUGGCUUCUGAUGUAGUUAAUGACAGACUCAGCAUAAAGAAUCUUCUAUUUACUAAGGCGCUGCCCAACUAUGUCAUUCCUGUACCUACAGCAGGGUACAAAACAUACCCAUGCAUUGACUGCGGGGACAGAUUUCUCUUCAAAUCAAGCUUUGAAUACCAUAUUAACCGACAAUCUGUUGUGAUCACCUACAUGUGCAGAUACUGCAAUCAGCCGAAAACCUUCAACAACAGAUGCAAACUCCUCUCUCACAUUCGGUCACAUGCCUUUAAAACUGCUACAAUCAACGUCAGCGAUUUGAAAGUAGAUCCAUUGCCAGCAAGCUACUUUGAUAAUCUAGCAGCAAAACAUGGCAUACCUAUAGAAAAUACCAACCAGAAAGAAAUCCAUCAGCAGCAAAUUACACCCAAAACCCCGAGUACAUUUACAUGUUUGGAAUGUAAUUUGAACGUGACAGUUAAAACACAUGUAAACAAAGAUAGAGCAAAGCAUUUUAUGCAAUAUACUAAUAAAGUACAUGCAUGUCCAGUAUGUCUCUUUGCUCUACCAACUACUUGUGGGCUGAAAGCACACUUACGUCUCCACUCCGGUAAUGGGCCGUUUAUUUGUCCAGAAUGUGGGGUUCCCUUAUCAAAGAAGAUGAUACAAUAUCCAUACACUCAUGACUGCGAAGGAUUCCGGAUGAUGCGAGCCACUGCUAGGUACAAGUGCCCUCUUCCGCAAUGUUACCUAUUUCAUCCAAAUGAAUACAAAUCGCACAUGAGGAGUAACCACAUAAAGAGGGUGUUCAAAUGCCCUGUGUGUGUUGUAGCGUGUUUCAAUGAAGCCACUAUAGCUAAACAUUUGCAAAGCCAUCCUAUUGAAGCUAAAGCUUUAAUCUUCUUUCAAUGUGAAAUGUGCCCCGGAAGAUUAGUACUAAACAAUCAAAUGGAUAAUCAUUUGAGGGGUCAUAUCACUAAUUCUGCUUUUGUUUAUCCCUGCUGGGCUUGUGGUCAAGUGUUCAGGGAAGUGCGCAGUUUAUUGCAGCAUUAUUAUAACAACCACGGUCAAACUGGAAAGUUUACAGCCAACUUAGCAACGACGCCUGUCACUACUCCAAAACUUGAUAAACCGGGCUUGGUUUAUCGUGUAGUAAAAAGGUGUGACAAGUGUACAAGAAGCUUCACUUACAAAUGUAAAUAUGAACAAAUAUCCACUCUGCCGAACGAGUGCCCUUUUAAAUGUUCAGCAUCGACCUCUAGUAAGCAAGUCAUCACGGAACCAGAAUUUACCAUACCAGCAGAAACCACCAUCAAAUGUUAUUUGUGUAAGAAAGAUAUAUUGGAAAAUUGGGAUGAUAUUAAGGCUCAUUUUGCAGCUGAUCAUAAAGAACAUGUCUGUUUGGAUGCAUCUCUAGUUAUACCAAAAAUUAACGUUAAGAAAUUCAAAAGAAAGCAAAGGAGGGAAGCUAGAAAACGUUUCCGAGAAAUUUUGAAAAAAAUGAGAAGACCAAACGACAGCAAAAAUCAAAAGACCGCUGGGCAGUCUAGUGAUCAUGCUUCGUUCUCCAGUAAUAAUCCAUUGGCUUGUAAAAAAUGUGGACACGAAGCCCAGGACAAACAACAACUGGAAGAGCACUUGACAAGUCACAGAGAUUCGAACAUGGCGUACCAGUGCAUGGAAUGCGGACAAUGCUUCGUAGUUAAACCCUCCUUUACCACCCAUUUGUUAUUAGAGCAUGGUAUAUCCGAUGUUAACGAGUAUAUACUUUCAAAACAAUGCUACAACCCUGACGCCCUGUUGAAGAAUAAUUUUACUACGGAUGUAGCUAAAGUCGAAGAACCACUGCGUGAAAACCAAUGCCAAAUAUGUCGAGAUCAAUUCGACGAUUCAGAUGAGUUACAAAAGCAUUUCAGAGUUCACGGUAUGGCCUUUUUGAAGAAGAAUUCAUCUGCAAAGAAUAAUAGUCCUUAAAAAUAUACAUCGCUAGCCGACUAUGUGUUUUAGAUAUAGGUACCUAGAUAUAAGUAUUGUUAGUUAGCCGGGUCCACACAGUGCGUGGCACUACUUUGGCUGAGGAACAUCUACAACAUAUGUCGCGCAAGCACAUUGCCUCGCGAGCGGCCUCGCCCUGUGUGGACCUAUUGGUUAGGUAUUUUAUGCACUUUGAGACUGAAAUUUUAGUUUGUUAAUUAAAUGUGUAUACAGCAAUUGAUUAGUCGUUUCAUUUUAAGUCAUUUAUGUAUCGAU